GUAUAGAAAUACACUCGUAUUUUGCGAUUUCCACCACCAAACCUCAACUUUCUUGCAAAAUUAAUGUGACAUUCGGAAUCAACAUCAAAAACUGAGUGGAUGAGGCCUGUCCGCGAAUUUUAGACUAGUUUUUGUUUUUUGGUGAAAAUCUCGGUUUUUUUCGAUGCAGAAAUUCAAAAAAAAUUGAAGUUGCUGAAUAGAACAGUGAAGGACCGCAUCCGGCUCAGCUUUUGAUGUUGAUUCCGAAUGUCACAUUAAUUUUGCAAAAAAGUUGAGGUUUGGUGGUGGAAAUCGCAAAAUACGAGUGUAUUUCUAUACCUUUUGACAUUGACUUAGAAAAAACGAGUUUUCUGGGCAACGAAACAAAUAAAAGAAAACGAGCGCUUCAUAUUUUUGAAGCUCGUUCAACGGCGGUUCUAAUGAAGUAAAAAAGUCUGCUUCAUCUCUUCACAAAAAAAAGCUAGAUAGGUUUGCAAAAUUGUUUAUGAACUUUUCAUAGCAGUCCAAGACGUCCAUACUGGAUAAACCUUUGACUUCAACCUCAAUCAAGCCUCAUUCUCAUACUCAGUAUUUUAUGUUGAAUGUGAAAAAAGCACUUCCGAAAAAUUAGAAGAACGAAAAAGAAAAAAAUUUGAAUUUUGAAAUUUAAAGGUUUUUCGAGAUUUUAGAUCCGUUGAUUUUUUCAUUUUUUGGACAUGAAAACAAUUAAAAGCCACUUUACCUUACUCAGUUCGAUGUGCUCUAUCCAACCAUAUAUAAAUAUUUCAAAAAGAAAUUUUACUCGAAUCUUGAAUUGCCGGCACCUUACUUUUUCGUCAGUUGACCAUCGAUUACUUAUGAUUAAUCCCCAGAUCUCUACCCAUUUGUCGUGAGAUAAUAAAUCUCUGAAUUGUGUCAUCAUUGACAUAACACAAUAGAAAAAGUCCAAAGAUGAUUUUCCGAUUGCUUGUGUUUCAUCAUCAUUCCCGUUCUUUUGUGACCAUGUUUUCAUUGUGGAACACAAGGUUAAAAUUGAUGACUCGCAUUGACCUAAUGGAAGGUUCUUUAAAUUCUGAAAUUCAACGUACAUUGAUUCUGUAUCAUUUGUAAUAAGACAAUUUCUUAUUGUCUGAAUUAACGACGGUAUCCAAUCGCCUAUGACAGAGAAAGUACAGUUGUAUUUUGAGAGGCAAUUCAGUUAGAAUUACUUACUUCCAUGCUCCAUUCAUCGGUUUGCUGUUUAAAAAAUUGAUGUAAAAGCAAAUGGAACUACAGCGAUAUUUUUUCAAGCUUCUCUGAAAACUGUAAAAAUCUUUUUAACUUUACGAUCGUCAAUGUGGAGAUCAUUCUCAAUUUUGAUACACUCUUGCUUUUGUAACUCUGGGUGAGAAAAUUUUCAAUGUUCAUACAGGGUGGCCCAAAAGUUAGUUUACUGAGAUAGACACACAUUAUUAUGGACGCUUUAUUUUUAUUUCCAUCAAAAUUACAUCAUAAUUAUUUAUUUACGUCACAAUUAUUAAUAUCAACAUGCAUUCGUCAAAACGAUCAAAACUAUUAGGAAACAAUUGUGAAAAACUUAAAAUACUCAGUUACACUUUAUCUCGGUAAACUAACUUUUGGGCUAUCUUGUAUUUUUUUCUAAACUAUAUGUAAAGAAUUUAAAUCUAAUAUGUUUUGCAACAGUUGUUGCUGUUCAGAGUUCAAAAUAUGUAGCAACGGAGCAUUUCAUACUAGUUCAGCGUUUCUAAUGAGCUGUGUAAUUAGAGUGGGAUGAAUCACUUUGUUUUGAAGUGACGCUUACCACAUUGCUCAAAAACGCAAAUGAGAGUGUCAGUACAUAACUAUCUGUCAAGUAGCAAUCAAAUUGUAAAAUAGUCUUCAUGAUCAGGUUGCGUAUUAAAACUUGGAUAUAAUUUAAAACAAAAAAAAAGGGUGACAACGAAGCGAAUCAGCCAAUAAGAUAACUCCCAAAUUGUUCACACACGAUUAAUGCAUUUUCAUACGAAUGGAAGAAAAACGGGUCAAUAAUGAGGAAAUUUCUAUUGAAGAACUGUAACUCCUAUGUAUUUCACGUAGAAGUCAGCGUUCUUCAGUAGAAAUUUACUCAGUAGCAUAUCUUGAUGAGAAAAAAAGAACACAUCUUCCUUACAAAGAGAGUUUGUUGUUAUUCAUCAUUGGUCCGUCUCGUUGACCAUGUAGUCGAUAUCAUUUCGAGUGAUAUCUGAUUUACCAAUCAGAUUUAAAUUUUUUGCUGUAUGAACGAGGCUCUAGUCCAGUCUGUUUCACACAAGGUAACGCUCAUCUGCGAUUUGCUUGGUCCCUUGACUUUACCUGUAUUUCAUACACUAGCAAUGCAUUGUGCACAGAAAUCAUGAUUUUCAAGAUCGAAACCAUUGUUCAUUCCUGCGGUCGGCGGUUGCACAGCCAUCUCUCGAGUUCAGAGUUUUGUUAGGAUAGUGGAAACGUGAACUAGAAACCUAUGAAAGAGGUUAUGUAUUCGCCAGAUUCGUAACAGAUUCUGUGCAGAAUCUGUUAAAAUUCUGCUGACAUCUGCACCAGAUCUGUAGAAAUCUGGUACAAAUCUUGUCUACAGUGUGCACUGAUCUGUUACAGAAAUGUGAAUAUCUGCACUGAAGAAAUAUCGGUUUGAUGAGAAAUGUUUCGAAUUCCUCUGAAUUAGUAUAAAAAGUUCGUAAUCCAAUAUGAAUCUAAAAAGGUUGAUGGAGGUCCUCUUUAGUCUUAUCGAAAUUUGCUGCUCUGCUCCACUACAUAUUUCAUCUAACACACAGAUACAGGCAAGUCUUUUAUGGCCUUAGAUAAAAUCAGCAGAUCAUACCACUGUCAGGGUUCUCAAAUUCGGGGGCUGAUAAGGGAAAGGACAAAUAAUCACUAUGACAGUCCUUUGCUCUAUCCCUCAUCAGUCACCGAAUUUGAGAUCCUGAUCGAUGCUGAAAAACCUGUACUCCAAAAGUUUCUUCAUCUCCUGUUAUGUUGCAAAGCUGAAGAUUUUCUAGAAACCCAUAGAGGCCUUCGGCCAUCGAAUGCCAUGCUCAGCCAUCGUUUUGCACAGACAACAGUUCAGAAAUAGGUAGAAAACUCGGAAGCUUUCUAGAAUUCCGAGGUCUCUGAAACCAGUUCUCACGCAUCCUCCAUAGUCGGCUCUUAUCAAGGAAUACCUUUUCUCUGAUUCUAUUAAUUUUUACGACGAAGCGCUCUCUUAGGAUGAUUUUUUCGUUGCAAUUUAUGUUACAUUAUAAAGUGGCGCUCUCUACUGGAUCUAUAAUUAAUUAAUCUUCUGAUCGGUAGAUUCUAGUGGAACCUACAUACUUAAUCAUCAUUACUGACUUUGUGUUAGUCGUCCUGAUCGCAACUGCAUUAACGUGUAUCCAUUAUUGGCUCUCUCUUUUGAUUGGCUCUCCCAAGGAUUUACCUGACGAGCAUUUUUCAUGUUUUGCCCACAGAUAGACAGACAAUCCUUUUGUAUGACACUAUCAGGGUUGCCAAGUUUUCCGCUUUAUCGGAACUUUUUUUGAGCUUCUUUUCCAAAUGAAUUUUGACUUUCUGAUUAAUUGUGGAGGUUUUUACUUUUUUCUGAAAAGCUUGAAUUCUUAAAAGAAUUCAACUGAUUAACAUAACGCCACACUGAAAGCACUUCUUUUUCUUUCUUUUUCUAUGUGUGUACGACACAGUGUGUGUCAUAUACACGUUUAUUUGAAAGAGAAACGCACAUGGCAUGUGUCAGUUCUAUGUUAUAUAUUGGGAAUCCCAACAGGAUAGGAAAAAAAAAUCUAUUAAUUUUUUUUUAAUGCAUAAAGGCAUAUAAUAGUCUAGGUAUUGAUCUCCUAAAUUGAAGAAAUCGUUGUAAGGUCGUAUGCUUUUUGACAUUAUUGCAUUAUCGAUAGCAGGGGACAUUUCCGAGAAUGACUUUCCAUUGGGUUCAGUUGAGAAUAAAGAUAAAAAAAAUAUAAAACGUCACUAGAAAACGUAAGCACAACGGUGUUUCUAGCACAAAAAAAGGGGUUUUUAGCAAAGAUUGGUUAAACGAUCCCAAAUAUUCUGGCGUUUUACAAGAAGUUCGUCAUGAACCUACUAAAGUACGUUGUUCAUCGUGUAAUUACUCACCUGAAACAUUUUUUACACCAUUUACUGGAUUAUAUAAAGUAUCAGCUAUUGAAGCGACAUGUGUAGUUCAUGGCGUUAAACAUGCUCAUUCAUAUUUAUCACAAGAUUUAACUGUUAUUGAAUAUGUGAAUAAAAGAUUAUUUCCGAUGUCAAAAGUACGUAAAAAAAUUUUACCAACGUCGGAAUGUAACCAGUUAUCAACAGACGCUUUACGUUAUCCAGCAUCUAAUUCUCGUUCGACAAUAAACGCCUUUGAUUUAAAACAAAAAACAAGUAACACUAAAAAUCGACGACAUACAUUUCCCCAAAAGCAUAUCAACGAUUCACGCCCGAAUGACAAUAAUAUUUCACAAGUAUCUGUUUCAAGUGUAGUUAUGCUAGCUGCUAAUGAUGAAGAUGAUGAUUUUAUCAUACAAAAACAACGUCCAUCACAACAGCCAGCCAAAAGAAAAUCAAAAAUUUCAACAAUAACAAAACCAAAACGAAAAAAAAAAUUUUUAUUUGAAGAUGUUGUGCCAGUACAAUCGUGGUCAUCGUACAAUGAUGACUUUUGUGAUCCAUAUGGGUUAGUUGGUGGUGCAUCAGUAAAUAGAAAUCAACCAAACUGGUUAAAUUUACCAGCUGAAAUUUAUCAACAAAUAUUUUCGUAUAUACCAGUUAAACAAUUAUUAACUCAAGUUCAGUGUGUUUGUCAAGCAUGGAAACAAAUUGUGAAUGAUGGAAAUUUUCUUUGUUGGGCAAAAAUAUUUUUACGUUAUGAACAUAAAGAAAAAACAGCAUUGACAAAAAUUGAACGUCUCUAUUCGAUGAAUAAUGCAAAUCAUGAUAAUAUUUUGGAAAUUAUUUUAAACGAGGGUGCAAAGAUCAUUGAACCAAUAAAUGAAGAUCCGUGCACAAUUCGAUUUAAAUUCAAACAUUUUGUCUUGGAACAAUUAAAUGAAAAAUUGAAAAAACAUUCAAUGUAUGAUUAUGCUAUUGAUUUGUUAUCUAAAAACAAAGAUAAUAAAUAUGAAAUUAAAUGUUUUACAUCAAAAUUUUUCAAUCCUGUUUGUACAACAAUAGCUAUAUGUAUACUAGCUGAAAAUGUGAAUUCUGUUCGUGAAUUAUUACGUUUAUGGUUUUGUUCAAUGUCAACGACUAAUAUGAAAUAUGAAACUAUCAUUGAUUUAUUUUAUUAUUUGUUGACAUUAUUUACCGGUGCUAGACGUUUGCAUGAUGUAGUACAAUUUCGAUAUCCGUAUAUGUUGUACUAUUGUUUGAAAGAAAUGGAAGAUUCUGUUUUAAAUCAGUUUAAUUCAAUUGCACAAUAUAUAUUAAAUAUGUAUCAUUCGUUAUCAGAUCAACCAAAUAUUUUAUCAACCCUUCAAUUAACUGAACAACAAGAAACAAUAUUAUGUCAUAAUCUAGAGUACAAUGAAACAAUUAAAAUACAUGCCUUUGCAGGAACGGGUAAAACAACAACGCUUAUAGCGUAUGCUGCACGACGUAUGGAUGAAAAUUUUUUGUACAUUGCUUAUAAUAAAGCUAUUCAGACUCAUGCAGAAACGAUAUUCCCGAGUAAUGUGAAAUGUCAAACGGUUCAUAGUUUAGCUUUCGCUAAAUUUGGACGACAAUAUAAAGAUUGUUUGGGUUCAUUACGCAUUAAAAGUAUUGUAGAUGUAAUUCAUAAUCGAAAACUAGUCGGUGAAAAAGGUCGACCAAUAAAUAAUUUGUUUACACGAGCUAGAUUUGUUUUUUCGACAUUGAAUACUUAUAUUGCCUCAGAUGAUCACAGUAUUACAGAUGAACAUGUUGAUCAACGGACAUCAAAUACAGCAAAUCAAACUGCUAGUCAACUUGUAUUAACAGUAGAAGAAAAGCGUAAUAUCGCUUCUGAUGCUGAUUUUGUGUGGUCAAUAAUGAAAAAUGCUCAAGAUAAUCGUGUUUUGAUGACACAUGAUGGGUAUCUGAAACUUUAUCAAUUAUCAAAGCCAAAGAUUUUAACGUUCGAUUGCAUAUUUGUUGAUGAAGCACAGGAUUUAACACCUGCUGUAAUCGAUAUAAUUAAUAAUCAACGUGUUUCAAAAAUAUUAGUCGGUGAUCGUCAUCAACAAAUUUAUGCAUUUCGAGGCGCUGUGGAUGCUAUGAGUAAAAUGGAAUCGACCGUAACAUUUUAUUUAACUAAAAGUUUUCGAUUCGGCUAUGAAAUUGCAUUUGUUUCAAAUUUACUAUUACAAAAAUUUUGUAAUGAAACAAAAUAUCUUGUUGGAAAUGAUCAUUCAUGUUUUAUUGAUGGCCGAUCUUCAUCAUUGACACAUGGUCAACAACAACAAUCUAAACAAAAAGCCUAUUUAUUUCGUACAAAUUUUGCUCUAUUCAAUUUUGCUGUUAAAUUAAUAUUUGAAAUGAAUAUAUCAAACGUUGGAUUUGUUGGCGGUUUUGAUAGUUAUGCAUUCGAUCGAAUUUUGGAUAUUUAUUUUUUGUGGUUAGAUCCAGAAGAGAGAAGACGACGAGCUUAUCAAAUUAAAGAUCCACAAUUAGUGAAUUUUCAAUCGUUUAGAUUAUUAGAAAAAUUUUCACAAGAUGUUGGUGAUGUGGAUUUAUUAGGAAAAAUAAAAAUUGUUCAACAACAUUCACACACAAUUCUUGAUAAAAUUAAUUGCAUUCGAGAACGACAUUGCCAAGAUUCACGGCUUGCAUCCAUUUUACUUUCUACCGCACAUAAAGCCAAAGGACUUGAAUUUCCGAUCGUAUUAUUAGCCGAUGAUUUUAUUCCUCGCCCGCAAGAUGUACCAUUUGAUCAAGUAAAUAUGGAUGAACAUCGUGAAAAUUUAAAUAUCCUUUAUGUGGCAGCAACACGAGCAAAAAACGAAUUAAUAUUGAAUCAAGAUUUAUUUUACUUCUUGUAUAAAAUGUGCAAAGAGCCAAUAUAUGAUUUAACAUUUGAAUCGAUUGAUCAUAAAUGUAAAAAUUGUUCUCCGCUAUUGCAAACGACUAUUACUACAUCAACAACUAUUGAUACAAAUGAGAAAAAACUCUUAUUCAAAUUUAAACCUGUACAAUUGUCGUUCACGUUAUCAACACCAUCGUCAUCAGUACCAACAUUACAAUGUAUUCAUCAUCUACAUGAAUUAUUUUCAUGUGUAUCAUAUCUUUAUCAUCAUUGA